GGCAGAGACGAUACUGUUGAAUUUUUCAUUGUCUUGACACUACACAUAAGAGCUCGCUGGUGCGCUGAUAUGUAGCUGAUAUAUAGGACACAUGGUCACCGGAGUUUUUUUGCCGGGCAAUUGGACAAAAGUGGACGCGCGCUCUCGGAUAUGCGCUGAUCGAGCUCUGAAUUUCGCUCCGCAUGCGUCUGAAGUGGGCGUGAGUGGGCGCUCAGCCUGCGUCCCGUGCGAGACGUGAUAACUCCUUACUGCAGAGCCGAAUGGGAUGACAGCUCUAUGUUUGUGCGCCCUGAAGAAGGAUCACUGUGAUUUUAACCUCUACAGAGUGAAGAAAAACAAAGCUGGAUGAUGGGUGGUGUUAAUGUUGUGCUACUGGUGCUGCUGGUUUGGACUUUCACUGCUGUCUGUGGGGAUAAGACUGAGAUCACAAGUAACUGUGAAGAUGGAACUGCACAUAACUCUGAAAUAAAUCUCAACUGCACAGUCACUUAUCCAAACAAAAACUGCUGCAUGACCAUGUACAAGUUUAUUAAUACAGCAGCAGCUGAUGACCCAACAAUCUGUAGAGAGGAGUUCAGUAGUGAUUCCUGUAAACAAGAGAGAAGAGUUUCAUGUCCUUACACUGCAAAUAAAGCCAUGACAACAAAAGUCAAAUUCUUUUUGCAAACCAAAUGUGGAAAAACAGAAACAUACUUCAGUGUGAGCAGAACAGGUGCUGUUGAAGAUGUCACAGCAGCAAACACGGCUACGGAUAAACCAGCAGGUGGAACAAACACACUCAGGUAUAAAGAAGUAUUAGCCGUCAUCAUUCCUGUCAUAAUCUGUUUGAUCGUCAUUAUCAUGUGGUUCAUUCUCAAGAAGAAGCUCAACUUCAACACUUGUGGAUUUCAUAGGAAUUAUGAUACGGAUGUGUCUGAAAGAAAUAUCAGUCUAUAUUCAGAUAGAGAAGCAGUGGAACAAUAGCAUCACAUCAAUAUAUUCAUAUUUUAACUAAAGGUCAUGCAAAGUCCACAUCAGAUCUGGUCACAAAAAAGCACAUAUAGAUAAAACAGCACAUAUGAUAUAAAAUCUACUGACUGUUGAAAACUGUGUUUGUAUAUAUGUAUGUAUGUAUGUAUAUUACUGUAUUUCUGUGAAAUGUAUUGUUAUUGAUUUGUUUGAUCUGUAUUUCUUAAAGAUAAAUUGAAUUUCUAUUGAAUGAUUUUCUAUUGAAUUGUAUUUUACAUUUUAACUCUAUAAUCUUGAGAUUAAGCUGCACACCAGCAAACUAAAACUAUGUUUGCUUAAUUACUCUACUUGCGAUAUAAAUGUCUGAUAUUAACUUUCAGCAUCUACAAGCUGUUUUUGUACAGAUGCUUGUCGUUUAUCGAUUGAUUGGAGUUUAUUUUAGAGAAAUUAAAUGAAUAUAAAGUUUUGUAAAACUC